AUGUUCAGAGCUUCAGUGUUGGGCAGCAUUGAAAAAUGCACUAGAAAAUAUUCGUCUUUGUCAAAAGGAAAACUUGAAGGUAUACUGAAUAAAUCCAAGAAAUCUCUUUUUGUUAAAAAACCUGUCAAAGAUGUGCAUCCUAAGUACCCGGUAAGGACCAGGUUUGCUCCUUCUCCAACUGGGUUUCUUCACAUGGGUUCAUUAAGAACCGCGCUUUAUAAUUAUCUACUAGCUAAGAAUACAGGUGGUGAAUUCCUAUUGCGAUUAGAGGAUACUGAUCAGAAAAGACUUGUACCUGGUGCAGAACAAAGUUUAUACGAUGCUUUAAAAUGGUGUAAUAUCAAAUAUGAUGAAGGUCCUGGCGUUAAUGAAAUAUAUGGUCCCUACAGACAAAGUGAUAGAACCAAAAUAUAUCAGGAAUAUAUUAAUACUCUUGUGGAAAAAGGAGAUGCUUACAAAUGUUUUUGUUCAAAAGAGCGUCUUGAUGCAUUAAGAGAGUCUGCACAGAAAUUACAACCACCAACUACAGUGAGUUACGAUCGUCACUGUUCAAAACUAUCCGAUCAAGAAGUAGAAGCAAAUUUAAAGGCAGGUAUUCCUUUUACUGUGAGAUUUAAAUCUCCAGACAAAUAUCCACCAUUCGAGGAUCUUCUUCAUGGCAAAUUGGACAUACAACCACAAGUAAAUCCUUUGGAUAUCAGAUACGAUGAUCCAAUCCUCAUGAAAUCGGACAACUUGCCAACUUAUCACUUUGCAAAUGUUAUAGACGAUCAUUUGAUGAAAAUUACACAUGUUAUUAGAGGUGAAGAGUGGCUUCCGUCCACACCAAAACACACUGCCCUAUACGAAGCGUAUGGUUGGACACCACCACACUAUGUACAUAUCCCAUUGUUGACAACUACCAGUGAUAAAAAAUUAAGUAAACGUAAAGGUGAUGCUGAUGUCCGGGCGAUGCGUGCGAAGGGCAUUUUACCUGAAGCUUUGAUCAAUUUUAGCGCACUUUUUGGGUGGGCACCUCCAAGAGAAUUGGCUUCAGCUAACCACGAAUGCUUUAGUCUCGAGGAAUUAGUGCAUAUUUUUGAUUUAAAUCACUUGACGAAGGGAAAUGCCAAAGUGGAUGACAAAAAAUUAUACUACUUUAAUAAGCACUAUCUAACACAGAGGCUACAAAAUCCGGACCAAUUCGAAGAGCUUUUAGACAUCGCAUACGAUUUUAUGAAACCCAAUUACAAGUCAUUGAGCAAAGAUCAUUUAAGAGAGGUUUUAAAGUCUAUUGGAACCCAUUUGACAACGAUUUACGAUAUUGAUUCAUCUUUUUACAAUUUAUUCAAAGAUCCUACUUAUGUCAAUGAGAAUGCUACCAAUUUCUUGGAGAAUCAUAACACAGAUGAUGUUUGCAGGGUACUAUCAUUCCUGAAAGAUAAAAUCUCAGAAUCUAACAUCUCAGACCUCAUCAAAACUGCAGUGGAAGAAUUAUCCGUACCAAAGAAACUUAUUUUCGAAAGUGUUAGAUUUGCUCUUGUCGGCUCAAUGCCUUGCGUUAAACUUCCCGUCUUGGUGAAGAUUCUUACACCAGAUGAAUCUAACAGAAGAAUUGGUAACGCAUUAACGCUGAUCAAAUCGCGUUAA